AAAAAGGAAGCGGAGCCUGUAAACGGCGAACUCGCUGCUUUCUGCCCCUCGAAACAACUCGCGGCGCCGUGCUACUUUUCGCGUGGACGCUAUCGCCGACAGCAACAACAACAACACGGCCGGAGGGACUACGGGACUUGUUUCCGAGGGGGGACGAGGACACGAGGACACGAGGACACGUCGCGCGGCGGUUUCGGCGAACAGUGAAGCAGUAAAGUGAAACCGUCUUUUGUUGAAGCAAGUGCUCGCCCGAGCCCCUCCGCGCGGCCAGCGGGCUUUAAGGAGCGCGCGCGAGGGAGAACCGAGGGGGUGCAACGUGUCCGCGCUCGUCCCGGGGUCAUGGAUUUGUUCCGGCGUGCUUAAGUUCUGUGGGUCGACUCGGGCUCGGAACGCGUUUUGAACUUGUUUGCAGCAGUCUGUGGGACUCCCGAGAAUCACCAGACUGGCGGCUUUUCUGAAACACUGGGGUUGUUGGUGUGGCCAAAUUUUCCCUGGAUUUGACUGGUAAAUUCAGAAGACUGAAGCCCAGGCUCACAGUCUACCUUUCACGGAGGCCCAGCCGUGAGAGGACUGAGGAAGGCACGUGGCGGAUCAUGACGGCCGACAAAGAGAAGGAGAGGGAGAAAGAGCGGGACAGGGACAGAGACAGGGACCGGGACAAGAGAGAGUCCGGUAAGUCGCGCCGGCUGGACGGGGACCGGGGCGACCGCGAGAGCGAGAGCUCCAGGCCUCGACGCAGCUGUACGCUGGAGGGCGGGGCCAAGAACUAUGCAGAGAGCGACCACAGCGAGGACGAGGACAACGAAAAUGGCAGCGCAGGCGGAGGGCUCGGCACGGCGGAAGAGGCCGGCAAGAAGGGCAAGAAGAAGACGCCCAAGAGGAAGUCGCGCUACGAGCGCACGGAGAACGGGGAAAUCACGUCCUUCAUCACAGAAGACGAUGUUGUUUACAGACCCGGAGAUUGUGUGUACAUUGAGAGUCGGCGGCCCAACACUCCCUACUUCAUUUGUAGCAUUCAGGAUUUCAAGCUGAGUAAACGGGACCAUCUGCUGAUGAAUGUGAAAUGGUACUACCGCCAGUCGGAGGUGCCCGACUCUGUCUACCAGCACCUGGUGCAGGAUCGCAACAAUGAAAACGACUCUGGCCGGGAGCUGGUCAUCACAGACCCGGUGGUCAGAAGUCGAGAGCUCUUCAUCUCCGACUAUGUGGACACUUAUCAUGCUGCUGCUCUCAGGGGGAAAUGCAACAUUUCCCAUUUCUCCGACAUUUUUGCUGCCAGGGAGUUCAAAGCCCGCAUCGACUCCUUUUUCUAUAUCCUCGGAUAUAACCCCGAGACCAGGCGACUAAACAGCACACAAGGGGAAAUCCGAGUGGGACCCAGUCACCAAGCCAAGCUCCCUGAGCUGCAGCCUUUCCCUUCUCCUGGUGGCCAAGCCGUGAACGAGAACGAGGAGCUGGUCUGGAUGCCGGGGGUCAAUGACUGUGAUCUCCUCAUGUACCUUCGAGCCGCCAGGAGCAUGGCUGCCUUUGCAGGGAUGUGCGACGGCGGCUCAACAGAAGACGGGUGUUUAGCAGCCUCUCGAGAUGACACUACUUUAAACGCACUUAACACUCUUCACGAGAGCAGCUAUGAUGCAGGAAAAGCUCUGCAGCGUCUGGUGAAGAAGCCGGUACCCAAACUGAUAGAGAAGUGCUGGUCUGAGGAUGAAGUGAAGCGCUUCAUUAAAGGAUUGAGACAGUUCGGCAAAAACUUCUUCAGGAUCCGAAAAGAGCUGCUGCCCAACAAAGAAACGAGAGAGCUUAUUACCUUCUACUACUAUUGGAAGAAGACCCCCGAGGCAGCCAGUUGUCGAGCCCACCGCAGACACCGCCGCCAGCCCGUCUUCCGUCGCAUCAAGACGCGAACCGCUUCAACUCCUGUCAACACUACCUCGCGGCCCCCCUCCAGCGAGUUCUUGGACCUCAGCUCCGCCAGUGAAGAUGACUUUGACAGUGAAGACAGCGAACAGGAGCUGAAGGGCUACGCCUGCCGCCACUGUUUCACCACCACCUCCAAGGACUGGCACCACGGGGGUCGGGAGAACAUCUUGCUGUGCACAGACUGCCGCAUCCACUUCAAGAAGUACGGUGAGCUGCCCCCCAUCGAGAAGCCCGUGGACCCGCCGCCAUUUAUGUUCAAACCUGUCAAAGAGGAAGAGGAUGGACUCAGCGGGAAGCAUAGCAUGAGGACCCGACGGAACAGAGGCUCGAUGUCGACGCUACGCAGUGGUCGUAAGAAGCAGACGGGCAGUCCUGAUGGCAGAACGUCGCCCACCAACGACGACUUGCGCUCCAGCGGACGGACCUCUCCCAGCGCUGCGAGUACCGACAGCACAGACAGCAAGACCGACUCCAUGAAGAAGCCCAGCAAGAAGAUUAAAGAGGAGGCUCCUUCACCGAUGAAGAGUGCCAAACGGCUGCGAGAGAAGGGCGCCUCCGACACAGAAGAGCCCGAGAGGGCCAGCGCCAAAAAGUCCAAGACACAAGAGCUGAGUCGGCCAGACUCGCCCUCAGAAUGCGAGGGGGAGGGUGAGAGCUCUGAUGGGCGCAGCAUCAACGAGGAGCUCAGUAGCGAUCCUAAAGACAUUGACCAGGACAACCGGAGCUCCUCCCCGAGCAUCCCCAGCCCCCGCGACAACGAAAGUGACUCGGACUCGUCAGCCCAGCAGCAGCAGCUCCUGCAGAGCCAGCACCCUCCAGUCAUCCAGUGUCAGCCAGGCACCUCGACCGCCUCCUCGGCACCGCCUCCGCCGACAGCCUCAGCCUCCCCCACAGCAGCCUCCAUCUCUCUCCCUCCCCAGCCCUUGGCAAUCCCGUUGUCUCUCAUCCAGUCAGGAGCAUCCCUCCACCCUCAAAGGCUCCCCUCCCCACAUUCACCUUUGACUCAGGCUCCGCCUCCCGGCCCCCCGGUCCCACCUCAAUCGUUACCCAGCUCGCAUCAUGGGCCCAUGCCUCCCUCUCCACAUCCGCUGCAGCCUGGCCCCCCACACAUGCCUCACCCUCUCUCCAUGCCCCCUCAGGGCUUCCCAAUGGGUCAGUCUCAGGUCCCGCCCCUGCCGAUGUGUGUCCAGUCGCAGCAGAGGCCGCACUCUCCUCCGUCCCAGUCCCAGUCAUCUGCUCCGCCUGGCCAGCCUCCCAGAGAGCAGCCCCUUCCCCCUGCCCCAAUGUCCAUGUCUCACAUCAAGCCCCCGCCAACGACACCCAUCCCUCAGAUACUCCACCCACAGUCCCACAAACACCCACCCCACGUGUCGGCACCUCCGUUCCCUCAGAUGCCUUCAAACCUGCCGCCGCCUCCUGCCCUCAAGCCCCUCAGCUCGUUAUCCACACACCAUCCUCCAUUAGCACAUCCACCUCCACUCCAGCUCAUGCCUCAGGGGCAGCAGCUUCAGCCUCCACCAGCGCAGCCUCCAGUGCUCACUCAGUCCCAGAGCCUCCCCCCACCAACCAGCCACCAACCUCCAGCAGCCUCACACUCCAAUGGGCCGCAGCAGCCGCCGUUCUCGUCCCAUCCUUUCAAUACAGUUCUACCUCCAACCGGCCCUCCCCCGUGCUCGUCGAACUCUAUGCCUGGCAUCCAGCCUCCGUCUUCCUCCGCUCCACCCUCCUCCAUCUCCAUGCCGCUGCCUGCCUCGGUCACUUGUGCCGGCCCGGGCCCGGCGCUCCCACCUGUACAAAUCAAAGAGGAGCCUCUGGACGAGAUGGAAGAGCCAGAGAGCCCGCCACGCCCUCCGAGAAGCCCCUCCCCAGAGCCUACCAUUGUCAAUACGCCCAGCCAUGCCAGCCAGUCGGCGCGGUUCUACAAGCACCUGGACCGCGGCUACAACUCGUGUUCUCGCACAGAUUACUACUUCACUCCACUGGCUUCAUCUAAACUGGCAAAGAAGCGAGAAGAAGCUCUGGAGAAAGCCAAGAGGGAAGCGGAGCAGAAACUACGGGAAGAGAAGGAGAGGGAGAGGGAGAGGGAGAGGGAAAAAGAGCGAGAGCGGGAACGAGAGAAAGAAGCGGAUCGAGCUGCGAAAGCUUCCAGUUCCUCUCACGAGAGCAGGAUGCUUGAGUCUCAUAUGGUUAGCCACGCCCACAUGCGUGCACAUUAUGACUCCCAACCCAUGUCCAUCGCAGCGGUGCCUCCGUACAUCGGCCCCGACACCCCCGCCCUGCGCACCCUCAGCGAGUACGCCCGGCCCCACGUCAUGUCCCCCUCCAAUCGGAACCACCCUUUCUUCAUGUCCCUCAACCCUUCAGACCCGCUGCUGGCCUAUCACAUGCCCAGCUUUUACAACGCCGACCCAGCCAUGCGGGAGCGUGAGCUUCGGGAACGGGAGAUGCGCGAGAGGGAGAUUCGCGAGAGGGAGCUGAGGGAAAGGAUGAAACCUGGUUUUGAGGUUAAGCCUCCGGAGAUGGACUCACUUCACCCCUCCACAAACCCCAUGGAGCACUUUGCCCGGCACGGGGCCAUGACGUUGUCCCCCAUGGCCGGCCCUCACCCUUUCGCCUCCUUCCAUCCGGGCCUGAACCCAUUAGAGCGCGAGCGGCUGGCCCUUGCUGCUGGGCCCCAGCUGCGGCCAGAAAUGAGCUACCCAGAGAGGUUGGCUGCAGAGAGACUCCAUGCGGAGAGGAUGGCCACCGUGGCCAACGAUCCCAUCGCCCGCCUCCAGAUGUUCAACGUCACGCCACACCACCACCAGCACUCGCAUAUUCACUCCCACCUCCACCUCCACCAGCAAGAUCCUCUUCACCAAGGGGGGGAAUGUCUUGUGUGUCCCCCAGGCUCAGGGGCCCAUCCCCUGGCGAUCGAGGCCAUGGCAGGAGGACCUCACCUGGCUCGGUUUCCUUACCCGCACGGCGGCAUCCCCAACGCUCUCCUGGGCCAGCAUCCACACGAACACGAGAUGCUGCGCCACCCGGUCUUCGGUACGCCAUACCCGCGGGAACUACAAGGCCUGCCACCGCAAAUGUCUGCAGCCCACCAGCUUCAGGCCAUGCAUGCCCAGUCUGCGGAGCUCCAGAGGCUGGCCAUGGAGCAGCAGUGGCUCCACGGACACCAUCACAUGCACGGGGGACCGCUGCCCGGCCAGGAGGACUACUACAGCCGGCUGAAGAAGGAGAGCGACAAGCAGCUGUAACGAGCCCCGGGAGGCGGCGACUGACGGGUGCAGGACACAGGAAGUUGUUACAGAGUUGUUCAUUCAGUUUUGAAAGAAUGGAGAAUGCCAAGUGGAUCGUCUGAGAAUUCUUCUGAUGUUAGUUGUUUUUUUUCCCGUCACAGACUUUUUUUGAUUAUUGUUUUUUUUCAAGACAUUCACUUUCUUUGGUUUAUAGCCAGUCGUGACAAAGUCCUCAAGACUCCUGCAUGACAAGCUUCCCUGACCAUUUUUUGUAGGUCCUAGAACAAGACACUAUGCUUAUCAACAAAAAAAGAUCAGACCGGUCAGGCCGUUUAUGGAAAAAUAACAAGUGCUAUCUUAAACUCGACAUUUAUUUUAAUACAUUGUUGGAGGUUUUUCAUAAUUUUGGGAAUAGCUUCAGCAUGGCGUUUUUGAGUCUGUAAAUAGUAUAUAUAAACAUAUAAUUAUUAUUAUAAUUAUUAUUAUUACUAGGUGUGGACUCCAAACAAAGUCGUUUCAAUCGCCGAUAUAAUUGUUUUGAAGCAUUAUCCCUUGUUUCAGAGGGGAGCACCAUGGCAUUAUAGGAGCAGUUUCUGAGAGAGUCGUGGUUCAGUUGUAACGUUCCUGACGUCACUGUGUUAGAGUUAGUCCCACAUAAAGACGAUAUGUCAACCAUAAACCUGGCACACACACACACAUCCAUCAUCACACAGCAGGUUGUCAGAAUGUGUAAACUCAACGCGUAGAGUUAGAGAUCUGAAACACUUGAAGAGGCGACGCAGUAGUCGCCGAGGUUUCUGUGGCGUUCACUGAAGCCGCGGAUUCAAAAUAAAACACAUUUGGACUGAG